AUGGUAGGGAAGGCUCGAUCUUCCAAUUUUACCCUAUCUGAAAAGCUUGAUCUGCUAAGCCUCGUGAAGCCAUACGUGAAAAUUCUCGAAGAGCAUACUAAUAAAAAUUCAGUAAUAGUGGAGAAGAAUAGAUGUUGGGAUGUCAUAGCAGUUAACUAUAAUGCAAUUGGAGUAGACCGCCCUCCUCGCACAGCGCAGGGCCUUCGCAGCCUUUACAAAAGGCUCAAAGAAUAUGCCAAACAGGAGCUAUUGCAGCAAAAGGAGGCCCAGUCAGAUUUUAAAAGCAGUAUUUCCGAGCCAACCAAGAAAGUUAUGGAGAUGAUUCCCCAGAUUUCCAGCUUCUGCCUGAUAAGAGACAGGAACCACACACAAAGUGCAAGCUUGGAUGAGGCUGCGCAGGCUGGUACCAGUUCACUACAGGUGAUGGUGGAUCACCAUCCUGUUGCUAUUACGGUAGAGGUGAAGCAAGAAGAAGACAUUAAAUCAUCCCCUCCAGUGCUUCCAAAUCCUCAACACAGUGAUGCUUUAGAGCAAAGAGAAGAGCAUGAAUUAGUACAUGUUAUGGAAGAACCCUUGUCUCCGUCACUUUCCUCUGUUGAUAUGAGAAUGACAUCAUCUCCAUCUUCUGUUCCAAGGAGAGAUGAUCUUUUUCAUCGUGAAAGUGGAGAACACAUUAGGUCUCUGCUAAGAUAUGACCCUCAGGUCCUGCAAAUGUUAAAAGAGGAACAUCAGAUAAUCUUAGAAAAUCAAAAGAAUUUCGGAUUGUAUGUUCAGGAAAAGAGGGAUGGAUUGAGAAGAAGGCAGCUGCUGGAGGAGGAGCUGCUCAGAGCAAAGAUUGAAGUGGAGAAACUGAAAGCCUCUCGCUUACGGCAUAAUCUGCCCGAAUGUAGUAGUCUCCAAGAGUUUUCAGUUUGAUAAUUUUAAUUCUGUCAGAAUUAAUUUGGGAAUAUCAUAAAGUUGAGCACACGUCCUAUAAAAAUGUUGUUAAUCUCUCUUAGAAAAAAGCUUUUAACGUGGUUUUCUUUUCCUCCCUAACCCUACUUUUUUUUUUUUACACAAUUUUCUAAGUAUUUAAUUUUCUCUUUAGAUACUAAAAUUUACUGAUUGGUUGACAUGAUAAUCCAGUUCAUUGUUUGCCCUAAUUUUUCCUAAGGCAUUUAGUUGUUGACUUUAUGAUCUUUUGUUUUGAGUACUAGAGAAAUAAUACAGAUAGAGUUGCAUCUGGUGCAUAAGCCUGCGACCACAGCACUGGAGAGGGAGAGACAGGUCCCAAUUUCAAGGUCAGCCUGUGCGUGUGAAAUCCUGUGUCAAACAAACAGAAUGCUCACAAUUGUGAAAUGCAUAAAUUGUAUUUAAAAGUACUGAAUCUUCAACAGUUUUAGCAACAACUUUGAAAGUUAGAGUUAAAACACACACACAGAGAGAGAGAGAGACAGAGAGAGAGAGACAGAGAGAGAGAGAGAGAGAGAGAG